GGUUUGGUAACGGUGGGCUAGGGGAUGUGAACCGACCGUGAACCGUAAUAUGAUUUUUCCCGCAACCGUCAUCCAGCGCGGCACAGCAAGUUUAGCAACGUUUUAGCAAAACGAUGGUACAACGCAACAAGUCAAGCAUGGAUUACGUUAGUUUAGGCUGUUGCACGUUGGCCUUCGUGCUGUACAUUAACACACUGAGUGCGGGAUUCGUCUACGAUGACAGACGAGCAAUCCUCGGCAAUCCGGACGUGCUCAGUACCGGCGGCUGGGCUCAGAUGCUGCAGAACGACUUCUGGGGCACACCGCUGGUGGAUUCGGGCUCGCACGGUUCCUACCGUCCGCUGUGCGUCGCUAGCUUCAAGCUCAACUACCUGGUGGACGGGUUCAAACCGUUCGGCUACCACCUGGUCAACGUGCUGCUGCACUCACUAGCGACCGGGCUGGUGGUGAAGCUGGCCCGUCACAUCCUGCCGGUGAGCCGGUCGGGGGUGGCCAUCACCGGACUGCUGUUUGCGGCCCAUCCCAUCCACACCGAAGCGGUGGCGGGUGUCGUUGGCCGGGCGGAUCUGACCGGGUGCAUCUUCUACCUGCUCGCACUGCUCGCCUACAUACGUCACGUCCGGUGGCGGCAGUGGGGUGAUGGCCGGCAGUGGUUGGCGCUCGCUGUCACCGUACUGCUUGCCGGCGCAGCCAUCCUCUGCAAGGAAACGGCCGUGACAGCUUUAGUGGUUUGCGCGAUUUAUGACAUCAUAAAGGGAUACGCCGGAUCCAGAGAUAAGCACCGAGUUCGGAGCCUCAGCAUUAUUGCCCUCUCGCUGGCCUUCAUCGUACACUGCCGCCUGACGCUUCCACGGCCAGCCACACUGUUUUCUACCGCUGACAAUCCUACCGCCAGAAGUGGUUCCCUGUGGACCAGAUUUCUCACCUUCACCUACCUACCGGUGGUCAACUUUAAGUUGCUACUGCUGCCGGACGUGCUCAGCUUCGACUGGGGCAUGGAUGCGAUACCGCGCAUCGGUUCCGUGUUCGAUCGUAAGGUUGCGCUGGCCUGUCUGUUCUAUCUAGCGCUCGGUUGGGCUGUGUGGAGCAGCGGCCGGGUUCUCGCAAGACAGUCCUCCCGUCAGACAACUAACUCUUCGGCGAAGAGUGCCAAUGGUGCUUCCAGCUUCAAUCGGAAGCUUACCAACAAACUAAACCUGCACCGACUACGGACGGAAGAAGGUGCACUGCCCGUGGUGGAGUUGACCGAGGAACCGACCGGCGGUGCGGUCGGUUGUGCACUGUGCAAGCAUGAUGCCGGAUUGCACCAUUCCAGCUCCUGCCGGACGCUGCACAACAACAACGGCAUGUCGUCCAUCAUCUGCGGGUGCGCCUACGCGCCGGAAUACAAAUAUUUAUCACUAGCGCCUUCGACGCUGGCCAGCUACUUUUGCCGGACGGCCGGUUCCAGCAAGAGCACGGUGCGACCCAGCAACAGCAACAAUAAUAAUAACGAUAGUGCCAGCAUCAACUAUAACCAGAGCUUCCAGGGAACGGUCGGCAAGAAGUUCGCCUGUCACUGGCCACUCGGUGAAACCGCGUGCUUAGGCAAAGAGAAGACAUCCGAGGAGCACUCGCCGUUCCCAUUCGCCACACUUCUCACUACAACGCCAGAGAUAGCUUCCCCGUCCCGUACACCUUCCCUGUCCUCUUCCUCCUUUACCUCAUCGUCAUCAUCCUCAGCUUCGAGUUCCUGUGCUUCAUCCGUGCGGGGUGACAGUACGGAUGGUUCCACCGAUGCGGCGAGUCUCCGAGAUGGGAGCUCACUGCACAACUCGCCCGCUGCCGCACUGCUAAUGUCCGUGGCGUUACUUACGCUGCCCUUUCUGCCUGCCAGCAACCUCCUCUUCUAUGUGGGGUUUGUCGUCGCGGAACGUAUCCUCUAUUUACCGAGCGUUGGCUAUUGCCUGCUGAUCGGGCUCGGCGUGAGUGGUCUGAUUGAUGGUACCGGUGUUGCCCGUGGCCACGGUUCGUCCAGCUCACCCAGCACAACCGGUGGUGCUGCCAGUGGCGCAAAGAUACCGAACUACGGUCGGUGCAACGGUCGUCGGACCGGUGGGUCGUGCUGGGUGGGCACGGCCGUGCGCAAGUGUAUGACCCUAGUGGCGACCCCGUCCGUAAGGGGCGAGUGUAGUGUCGGUACGCGUGAUGUGAGUGUGGGUGACGAUGCCAACGGCAUCAACCGUAUGUCGGUCAACAGUGAUAAUGGCAACAGUGGCCGGUAUGGCAAAUUCCGCAACAGCAACGGAAUCGUUGCGUCUGGUGCAAGUGUUGUCAGUGGUAGCGUCUCUAGCAAGCCUUCCCGGCCGAUCGCAGCUGCCGGUAGGAGUGGCCGCACGAGUGGUCGCAGCACAAAGGCGCACGGCCCACGGCGGCGACAGCUCGUCCUGGCGUGUGUCGGCUUACUGCUGAUUGCGUACAGUGCAAAAACGGUACGCCGGAAUCGCGACUGGGUGGACGAGGAAAGCCUGUUCCGGAGUGCGAUCACCGUCAAUCCCCCGAAAGCACUCGGAAAUUUAGGAAGUGUCCUUAGUGCGCAGGGCCGCUAUCAGGAAGCCAAGGAGGCCCUGAAGGCAGCACUCAGCCAUCGCCCCAACAUGGCGGAUGUACAUUAUAAUCUAGGGAUCUUGCUACAAAACCAGCAAGAUUACAACGAGGCUGUGGAGAGCUUUCGAAAAGCGAUACGCUUUCGACCAUCGCUGGCACUGGCCUAUUUGAACCUUGGGACCUCACUGAUAGCAUUGGGCCGCUGCCAGGAAGCGGCCAGCGUACUGCGGGAAGGCACCAAGCUGGACGGUUCCGGGCUGCGGGACCGGGCAGCACACGAUAACGCCCGCAUCAGUGCACUGCUGCAGCUCGGCAAUCUGUACGCCGAUCAGGGAAAACUGCAGCGUGCCCUCGCCGUCUACCGGGAGGCAUUGCACACACUGCCGGAACGAUAUCCACCCCAGGGUAUCUACCAUCGUUUGGGUGACAUCUUUGCCCGUCUUAGCCAGUGGAGCGAAGCGGAACGGUUUCAACGGGCGGCCCUCGAAGCCCAACCGGAUCACAUCGCUGCCCACCUAUCGUACGGGACGAUGCUGGCGCGAAACAGCAGCCGAACGUCCGAGGCGGAACAGUGGUUUCGGAGGGCACUCCGGUUAGCACCGAACGAUGCCAGCGUACACCAUCAUUACGCUGAAUUUCUUUCCUCCCAGCGCCGUACGGAGGAAGCGUUCCAGUACCGGGUGAGGGCAGCUGAACUGGCCCCGGAAGAUUACGCACUGGUAAUGGCGGCCGCAUCAAGCCUCCGGUUGCAUGACCGCAAACUCGAAGCCGAACGAUGGUACCGACAGGCUGUGAAAUUACGACCACAGGAAGCUCGUGCACAUACCAACCUGGGAGCGAUUCUACACCUGCUCGGACGCACACAGGAAGCGGCCAACAGCUACCGGGAAGCGCUUCGGCUGCAACCGGACGAUCUGACCACGCUUUCGAAUCUGGCCAAGUUGGGUGUACCGGCCAUAUCCUGAGACGGCACCACAGCCCGGCCGGGAAGGGUUCGGAAGCCCGGAAGUUGAUUGCAACCCACGGGUACAG